AGCGCUGGGGCUGCCGGGAGAUGUAGGCGCGGCUCCGCCCGGCGGCAGGUGAGUGCCCGGGCCCGGCGGGCUCCUGUGGCCAGGGCAGCUGCAGAGCCGUGAGCGGGCGCCCCCUUCCCUUUUCUGAGUAAGCCUCAUUAGCGGGGAGUCACGCGAAGGAGGUGAGCGUCGUCGUUCCUAAGUGUUUGCAGAAGCGCUGGCGUUUACCACAGAGGCCUCGGGAAGAGAGUGAAGUUGCACCGAAACAAAGGAAAUCCCGUUCCUGCUUGCCCUCCUCUGUGCACGUUUCUUUUAUCUUGCUGUUUAACCUCGGCAAGGAUAGAGGGACCACGUUGCCCAGUCUGAUCUGAGCGCUGGUAGGAAAGAGAGCAGGAGCUGUAAAUCUUGGAUCCUUCAGCUUGUGCUUCUCCAUCACCGGGGCAGACAUGGCUGGGUGCUGAGGAGCUGUCUGAUGGUUCCCAGGCCACGCUGAUGCUGUUUUGCCGGAAGAGAGAUGGGGAAGAGAUACUUCUGUGAUUACUGUGACAGGUCCUUUCAGGACAACCUUCACAACAGGAAGAAACACCUCAAUGGAGUGCAGCAUCUCAGGGCUAAGCGAGUCUGGUAUGACCUGUUCCGAGAUGCGGCUGCUAUCCUGCAAGAGGAGCAGAGCAAGAAACCUUGCCGGAAGUUCCUGCAGACAGGACAGUGUGAUUUUGGGUCCAACUGCAGGUUCUCCCACAUGACGGAGCAGGACCUGGAGAAGCUGAGUGCCCAGGUGCAAGGGGAGCAGAGAUCGAAGGAGCUGCGGCAGGAAGGAGCAGAUGUCCCACUUGGCACCAUCGAGGACUGGCUGGAGAAGAGAGCAAAGAGACUGAGUGCAGCUCAGAAUAACAGCACUCUGCCGGGGAAACCCGCGCCUUUCCAGUACCCGCCAGGCUGGCCGGCCGCCCAGGACCUGCCGCCGUCCCUGCAGGCUCCCCCGCCGGGGGGCUGGCCGCUCCCGCCCGGCCUGCAGUGGGGCUGAGACCCCCAGCGGCUGCUGUGCUGCGCCUGGGCUUCUUAUCUGCUCCCAGAAAUGGAUUAUUUUGUAGAUGUUUUUAUAUUAAUAAAAAUCUUCUGUGCCUGCA